ACCCGUUAAACAAUCAGAAAGUCACCGCUGAGAAACAGGCAGGAAAGGGGCAAUAAUUGAAAACAGAAAUAUUGACAGUAACUACAGUUAAUAUGCAUUAACAGAGAUUGUAGCGCUUUGUUAAAGAAACUGUUCACUGAUGACGAAUUCAGCUCGGCGCGCUGGUGCACCGCAUCCAGCUGAUUGAGGAGAGGUCAACAGGUGAACUGACGCAUUGCAGGACACCUUUUGAAGACAUUAGCAGGGCUACAGCCUAAUGCCAGUUGAGGCGUGAUGCAUCCAGCGCAGCCCAGAACGGGCCUCGCCCUGCAGAGACGUCAGGCAGACUUAGCCCCUCGGGGCGCGUUUAGCACCGGCCUACUGCAGGGCCUCAUCCAGAGCGUCAGGCCUCCUUCCUUCUGCUUCGUGCUCCCCGGGGUCCACGCAGCUGAUGUGGCUGCUGCCCAGCCUGCACAGAUGCCCUCCUCUUCUUCCUCCUCCUCCUCCUCCUCCUCCACCACCAGUCCUGCUCCUGAGCCUAUCCUCUCUCCCAGCACCGUGCCAAGCAACUUGGGCAGGCCAGAAUUCCCAGACACAGGAUGGGAUCGCAUCAAGGACCUCUUUGAGAAAGAUGCGACACAGAGGUACCCAGAGGAGCUGACCAAUGUGAUAAAGAGCGGCGUUGUUGCUGCAGUAGCAGGCAUGAUCUAUGGAGGCCUACCAGCCGCUCGCCAUGCUAGGCAGAGGUACAUCCAAAUCAGCCAGGCGGAAAUGUAUACCAGCCAAGUGGAUGCAGUGCGCUCGGCCCAUAACGCAGCGAUCCGUGGUUUCGUGAGGUACGGAUGGAGGUGGAGCUGGAGAGUGGCUGCUUUUGUCACCUUGUUCAAUUCUGUCAGCACAGGGUUCUCUGUGUACCGAGACAAGUAUGCCCUCAGCCAUUACGCUGCAGCUGGAGCUGUGACUGGAGGUCUUUUUAGACUGAACCUGGGCCUGCGAGGGCUGGUGGCGGGGUCAAUCAUCGGUGCAGUACUGGGGAUUCCCACGGGGGCUUUGAUCAUCAGCAUGCACUCUCUGACAGGAGAAGCUGUCGGAGAGAAGAGGAGGAGAGAGCGCAGGGAACUCUAUCAGCUCAGACUCGCUGAAUGGACAGCUCGUCUGCAGCUGACAGAUGAGUUGAUUGGAGAUCUGAAUGUGAACUCUCAGCCGGAGGAGCUCCAGAAGGACAUGCAGAGGAUCCAAGAACUGCUCAGUUUACCAAAGAAUGAUGAUGUGACUCAGGACUCGAGCACCCAGUGACAGUAGCUGCCUUACUACCUGAUAUAUUACAGUUGUUGGAGGUGGGACUUCACACAACUGGGAGGACAAAUGGGUCACUUCUUCUUCUUUGCUUUGGCUCCACACAUCUUCUCCUCCAAGUGUGUGGAAUCUGCUCCACUUAAGAAUUUAAAGACACUGUUGUACCUUUGCAACUGCUGUUAAGGUGCCCAUGAGUUGGACAGCUACAACAGGGAUUUGUGUGUGUCUGUACGUUUAUCUUUGUGAGGAACCAUUAGUGUGUGUGUGUGUGUAUGUGUGUGUGUGUGUGUGAGUGCGAGUGAGAGAGAUAGGUUGGAUGCAACUAAGAAAAAAGACUCUUCUGAAUAAAGAAGUAUUUCCCAUAAAACCAUAAUUUCUUUACAAAACUA